CAAACUCUGUCCCUCACUCUCUGAUCCCGAAUGCAGGCUAGGACUCAUUCCCCUCCAGACCUGGUUGGUGUGGGAAGUUCCAGAGGUGUGGAGAUGGAGAAAGAAGGCAACCCACUUCUAGCCAAACCUUCUGGCCCCAAAGUAAGAAUCAUGAUGAUGGAAGAACAGAAAGCGGCUGUUUUCAUCCAAGCCUGGUGGCGGGGCACCCUGGUGCGCAGGACUCUGCUGCACACGGCUCUCAGAGCGUGGAUCAUUCAACGCUGGUGGAAACAGAAGCUGGUGAAGCUGCAGGAGAAGAGGCGGCGGACGUCUCUAGAAUGCUACGCGCGGCAAGAAUGGGCAGCUGUCAAGCUACAAUCCUGGUUCCGCAUGUGGUGCAUCCGCCUUCGUUACUGCCGUUUGCUCCACGCUGUCCGCAUCAUUCAGGUCUAUUGGCGCUGGCAUAGCUGCCAUACCCGUGGCUUUAUUCAGGGCCGUUACGACCUCAAAGAAAACCAACUGAAUCUUCAACUUGAAAUCUCUUUGGGCUCGCAAGCUUGUAGUGUACAACAGUACAUACCCCUUCCAAUACAGGAAUGA